AUGGCCGUCUGCAAAUGCUGCCCUCUAUCCCUAAAAAGAAACUGGUGUGAGCUAAAAGUGCCAAGAGGUGAGAAGAGGCACAAGCGACUGGAGCAAGAGAUCCCCGAAGAGCCAAAAAAAACACAAGCUAUCGGUGCGAGCGAGGUUAGAGCCAGAGUCACGAGAGCCAGGAACCACAAACUGCAAGAGCGCGAGGGCCAAGAACCUCACGGACGAAAAGAACCUCGAGAUACAGGAGCGAGAGGAGCCAAACACAAGUUACUGAAGCAAGAAGUCAACAGCCAUAGAGGCAAGAAGAGACCCGAGCUACAGGAACGACAGCAGUCACGAGCUACAGAAGCGAGGAGAGCCAAGAGCCAAAGGGGUGAGAAGAGCCGCCAGACUCGGGAGCGAGAACAGCAAAGAGCCAAAGGAUCCAGAAUGGCCACAAGCCACAGGAGCGAGAAGAGCCAAGGUCCGCCGGGGCGAAACGAGGCACAAGCUACGCGACCGAGGAAAGACAAGAGCCAAAAGAGCCAAAAGACAAGGGCCAAAAGAGCCAAAAGACAAGGGCCAAAAGAGCCAAAAGACAAGGGCCAAAAGAGCCAAAAGACAAGGGCCAAAAGAGCCAAAAGAGCCUCACAUUACAAGCGCCAUCAGAGCCAAGAGCCGCUGGAGAGAGAAGCGACGCCACCAACAUGA